CUCUCUCUUUGUUAUUUUAUUUUUUGUUCACUCAGACCAAAAAAAAAAAAAAAAACAAAACAAAAUCUUUUUCUAUCACAAACUCUUUCUCUUUGCCAAUAUCUCACUCUUUUGUCAUGAUUAUGAUUAGGGUUUCACUCUCUCUUUUGGGUUGCUUGGUAUUACCAGCUCUCUAAUGCUUUCUCAUACUGGCUCUCUUUGUCCAGAGAGAGCCUCUCUUGCUUGGAGGAUAGCUCUUUUCUCUUUUGUUUUUGGUUUUUUUGUUUUCCCAUUUUCUGAAGCUUGAAUGAUUUUUUCUCUAUCAGGUUUUUGAGUGUUUGUUUCAUCUUUACUCUUGUGGGUUUAUCUGGGAUCCAUCCGAGAAGAAAUUUUUUUUUCAAUUUUUAAUUUUUUUUGAGGGUGGUAUAAAAAUGUGUUUUUUUUUCUUCGCCAUGAAAAUUUAGCUUCAAAAAGCACGAAGUUUGAGAUUGGGGUUUUGAAAAAGAAGACGUGGGAUUAUCUGUUUGAAUAAUUUCUUGGGUGUUUUUGAUUUUCAUUUGCCAAAAAAAAGAAAAAGUUGUUUCCGAGCGUCUUCAACGAAAUCAAAUCACGAAGGGGUUACAGAAAAAAGAAAAAAAAAAAAAUACAGACUUUCCGUCCUUUUAUUGGAAGCUAUAAACCAUUUUUGGAUUUUGUACCUUAAACAACAAGCUAUAUAUUUGUAUUCACCCAACAAAACCCGACAGAGGCUCGUGGUGGUUCUAGACCAAGUUCGUCCGUUUCUUUUUUUUUUUUUUUUUUUUUUUUACAUUGAGCUAGUGCUAGCUCACACUCUCUCUCUUUCUCUAUCUAGGACGGACUUUACUAGGAUAAAGAAGAAUCUUGUAACUCUCAUCUUUUAGCCCAAAGAAAAACCCAAAAACCAUUAGCUCUGUAGAGAGCUGGUUUUAGUCUAUUUUGUUCUAUAGCGGUUCAAGUUGUCUUGAUUUGGGUUAAUCUGCGAUAAUGGCGAUGGCCGUGGCUCAGCACAGAGAGAGCAGCAGUGGGAGUAGCAUAAACAAGCACCUUGAUGCCGGAAAAUAUGUCCGGUACACAGCCGAGCAGGUCGAAGCUCUUGAGCGAGUUUACACCGAGUGUCCGAAACCCAGCUCUCUUCGAAGGCAGCAAUUGAUCCGUGAAUGCCCCAUUCUUUCAAACAUCGAGCCCAAACAGAUCAAAGUCUGGUUUCAGAACCGAAGGUGUCGAGAGAAGCAGAGAAAAGAAGCCUCGAGACUACAGACUGUGAACAGAAAACUGACGGCGAUGAACAAGUUGUUGAUGGAGGAGAAUGAUCGGUUGCAGAAACAGGUCUCGCAGCUUGUCUGCGAGAAUGGGUAUAUGCGGCAACAACUGCAAACUGCAUCAGCGGCAACUACUGAUGCAAGCUGUGACUCUGUGGUUACCACCCCUCAGCACUCUCUCAGAGAUGCUAAUAACCCUGCUGGACUCCUCUCAAUUGCCGAGGAGACCUUGGCAGAGUUCCUUUCUAAGGCUACAGGAACUGCUGUCGAUUGGGUCCAGAUGCCUGGGAUGAAGCCUGGUCCGGAUUCGGUUGGGAUCUUUGCCAUUUCACAAAGUUGCAGUGGAGUGGCAGCUCGAGCCUGCGGUCUUGUAAGUUUAGAGCCUACAAAGAUUGCAGAGAUCCUUAAAGAUCGUCCAUCUUGGUUCCGGGACUGUCGGAGCCUUGAAGUUUUCACCCUCUUUCCUGCUGGAAAUGGAGGAACAAUUGAGCUUAUUUACACACAGAUAUUUGCUCCAACUACGCUGGCUCCUGCACGGGAUUUCUGGACUUUAAGAUACACUACAAAUUUAGAAAAUGGCAGUCUUGUGGUUUGUGAGAGAUCUUUGUCAGGUUCUGGUGCUGGUCCAAAUGCAGCUGCUGCUGCUCAGUUUGUUAGAGCCGAAAUGCUUCCUAGUGGUUAUUUGAUUCGGCCUUGUGAGGGUGGGGGUUCUAUCAUCCAUAUUGUUGACCAUCUAAACCUUGAGGCAUGGAGUGUACCUGAGGUGCUGCGACCACUAUAUGAAUCAUCUAAAGUCGUGGCCCAGAAGAUGACUAUUGCAGCACUGCGCUAUGUUCGGCAAAUAGCACAGGAGACAAGUGGUGAGGUGGUGUACGGUCUAGGCAGGCAGCCUGCUGUGCUCCGGACUUUUAGUCAAAGACUAAUUAGAGGUUUUAAUGAUGCUGUCAAUGGAUUCAAUGAUGAUGGCUGGUCAUUAAUGAGCUGUGAUGGUUCUGAAGAUGUUACAAUCACAGUCAACUCAGCCAAAAAUUUGAGUGCCGCAUCCAAUUCUGCCAACACUCUUGCACUCCUUGGAGGGGUACUCUGUGCGAAGGCUUCCAUGCUACUCCAAAAUGUCCCUCCUGCUGUCCUGGUUCGCUUCUUGAGGGAACACCGUUCAGAGUGGGCUGACUUCAAUGUUGAUGCCUAUUCUGCUGCCGCAUUAAAAGCUGGGUCAUAUGCUUAUCCAGGGAUGAGGCCUACAAGGUUUACAGGGGGUCAAAUCAUUAUGCCCCUUGGCCCCACAAUUGAACAUGAAGAGUUGCUUGAAGUUGUUCGACUAGAGGGGCAUUCUCUUGCUCAAGAAGAUGCUUUUGUGUCUAGGGACAUUCAUCUGUUGCAGAUUUGUAGUGGGGUAGAUGAAAAUGCUGUGGGAGCCUGUUCAGAACUUGUUUUCGCUCCAAUUGAUGAGAUGUUUCCAGAUGAUGCUCCGUUGCUACCCUCUGGUUUCCGUAUCAUCCCAUUGGAUUCAAAAACAUCUGAUACAAAAGAUGCUUUACCUACACAUCGCACACUAGAUCUCACGUCCAGUCUUGAAGUAGGCUCAGCAACAAACCUUGCUGCAGGAGACUCAUCAUGUCAAAACACUCGAUCAGUAUUAACGAUUGCCUUCCAGUUUCCUUUUGAGAGCAGUCUGCAGGAAAAUGUUGCAGCCAUGGCACGCCAGUAUGUCCGCAGUGUCAUUUCCUCUGUUCAGAGAGUUGCGAUGGCUAUAUCUCCAUCAGGAUUGAGCCCUGCCGUUGGACCAAAGCUUUCACAAGGUUCUCCAGAAGCUUUAACUCUAGCCCAUUGGAUCUGCCAAAGCUAUAGUUACCAUAUUGGUACUGACUUGCUUAGAUCCGAAUCUUUGGUUGGUGACACGAUGCUAAAACAUCUAUGGCAUCAUCAAGAUGCCAUCUUGUGUUGUUCGCUGAAGUCGCUGCCAGUAUUCAUCUUUGCGAACCAAGCAGGGCUUGAUAUGCUGGAGACAACUUUAGUUGCUCUUCAAGACAUCACAUUGGAUAAGAUAUUUGAUGAGUCCGGACGCAAAGCAUUGUGUGCUGACUUUGCUAAACUGAUGCAGCAGGGUUUUGCUCAUUUGCCGGCUGGGAUCUGCAUGUCAACAAUGGGACGCCAUGUUUCAUAUGAACAAGCUGUUGCGUGGAAAGUCCUUGCUGCAGAAGAGAACAAUGUUCAUUGUCUUGCCUUCUCUUUCAUGAACUGGUCUUUUGUGUGAAACAUUUUAUUCUCUUCAUCUAACAUCUUUCUCCCACUUUGAAUAUUGGAAAAGUACUUAAAAAAGGAAAGGAGAAAUUUGUAAAAGAACAGGAAAAGAGAGAAGAAAAAGUAAAAGAAAAAAAAAAAGGAAAAAAAAAAAGAAAAGUUUUGUAAUAUCAGAACCCCCAUCAUCUGGUUCCCUGGCUUGCAUUUUAUUAAUUUAAUUGAAUAUUUAUUUAAUGCAUCGAAAUUUUUCCAAA